AUGAAAGAAAAAUUUGAUAAGUAUUGGAGUGAUUAUAGAGUGGUUCUUGCAUUUGGAGCGAUUCUUGAUCCAACCAAGAAGUUUAACUUUUUGAGGUACACUUAUUCAAAACUCAAUCUUUAUAACUAUGAAGAGAAGUUGGAAAGGGUGAAGAUGGCUUUGUAUAGGCUUUAUGGUGAAUAUGUUAACAAUAGUUUAUUAAGUUCAAGUUCAAUGCUUUCCUCAAAUGAUUUUGAAGCAUUUGAUUGCCAAGUUUCUAACGAUACCAAAAAAUCCCAACUUGAUCUUUAUUUGGAAGAGCCAAGGAUUCCAAUAUCGGGAGCAUUUGAUGUUUUGGCAUAUUGGAGAGAGCGAGCUAAUAGAGGGAAAAUUAUUGCAAAGAUGGCUUGUGAUGUAUUGAGUAUUUCGAUAACAACCGUAGCAUCGAAGUCAGCUUUUAGCAUUGGAUCUCGUAUUUUGAACAAGUAUAGAAGUCGUUUGCAUGAUGAAACAGUUCAAGCUCUCUUGUGCACACGGAAUUGGUUACAUGGUUUUGGAGAUGAUGAGGAGGAGGAGGAGUCAAGCAUUGAUGAUAUAAGACUUUCUAAACAAGACUUAAAUUUAGACGUGCACACUACCUGCAACUCCAUCACCCUCGCCAGACCUCAAAUGUCUUUUCAAUGGCUGAGCUUGGUGGCAGCCGUCUGGCUCCAGUCCAUCAACGGAACAAACUCCAACUUCCCAGCUUACUCCUCCCAGCUCAAGCGCCUCCUCUCCAUGUCCCAGCUCCAGCUCAACAACCUGGCCUUAGCAUCAGACGCCGGCAAGCUCCUUGGCUGGCUGGCGGGCGUCGCCGCCGUCUACCUCCCCCUCUGGCUCGUCCUCCUCAUCGGUUCACUCCUCGGCUUCAUCGGCUACGGAGUCCAGUACCUUGUCCUGAUAAACAAAAUCCCAUCUUUAUCUUAUAUCCUCGUUUUCUCGCUUACCGUUCUGGCCGGAAACAGCAUUUGCUGGAUCAACACAGUUUGCUAUAUCGUCAUCAUUCGAAACUUCCCCUUCGAUCGCCAGGUCGCCGUGGCUUUAUCCACGAGCUAUCUAGGGUUAAGCGCCAAGAUUUAUACCGAUUUAGUUGACGCCGUUUCUCCCUCUUCCGCCAUUGAAAGAGCCAAAGCUUACCUUCUAUUGAACUCCACGUUGCCUCUGCUGGUUUGCAUUGCAGCCUCAGUGAUAGUUCGGGUUGUCAAUGGCGGAAAAUCCAGAAAAAUCCAAGGUGGGUUCGCUUUGAUGUUUGCCAUCACCAUAGCCACCGGAACGUUCGCUGUGAUCACCAGCUUCAAUUCGAUGUCAUCAAGUGGAUUGCUUCGGUUGAUUAUUGUGAUCGGAAUGGGGGUGUUUCUUCUGGCUCCAUUGGCAAUUCCAUUUGCUGAAAAAGCCAUGGAAACAUUGCAGAAGAAGUGCUUGAUAAGAAGGGAUAUAAAAGUCCAUGAUCUCACCAAUAUUGAUGAUCAUAUUGAAGAAGGGCCAAAAAUCGAAAACGGUACUGUUGCUGAGAUUAAGGAGGGGAGUGAAGUGGAGGAGACUGGGGUGAAGACGAUGCUGAUGAAGGUGGAUUUCUGGCUGUAUUUCUUCGUUUAUCUCUGUGGCGCGACUCUUGGGCUGGUUUACAUGAACAACUUGGGACAGAUAGCAGAAUCCCGUGGGUAUUCCAGGACAUCUUCUCUGGUCUCAUUGUCGUCUUCAUUUGGCUUCUUCGGUCGUCUCGUUCCUUCUCUUCUCGUUUACAUUUCCACUAGGAGUAAAUGCAUGGCAUCAUCACCAUUUUCCAUAGCAGCGAUGAUGGCCCCAAUGGCGGCAUCUUUCUUCUUGCUCCUCAACCCCACCAACCUCUCCCUCUGCAUCAGCACCGCCAUUAUAGGCCUCUGCACUGGCGCAAUUACUACUAUCUCCGUCUCUACAACCACCCACCUCUUCGGCACCAAGAAUUUCAGCGUCAACCACAACAUUCUGAUCGCCAACAUUCCAAUUGGAUCCUUCAUUUUCGGGGACUUGGCGGCUCUCAUUUACAGGCGAGAAAGCAGCGCUGCUGGAAGCAGCAUUAAUGGCAGGUGCAUGGGCGCGGAAUGCUAUGGAACGACGUUCAUCAUCUGGGGGUCCCUUUGCCUUCUCGGCACUUUCCUGGCUCUCGUCCUUCAUGCAAGAACCAAGAAGUUCUUCUCAAAUGCACUUUAAUUUUGAUAUCGAUAUCUAUAUCUAUAUAUAUAUUAUAAUAAAACAGCCGUCAAAUUUUUUCCCGCCC